AUGGUGAAUAAUCCGGAGGACGAACCAAAACCAAAGAGACGGGCUAAGACUGAUGAUAAGUCUUGCACCUCAUGUGGAACUAAUGAUGAUAGUGCCGGAACUAGUGAUGAUAUGGUCGGUGACAUAAAUGAUAUCAUUCUGUUUAUGUAUUUUUUUCUUUUCAUUUCGGCUCAACCGAUUGGUAUUACGUUUACAAAGUACAAGAGUGUGGAUGACGAAUCUGAAGAAUCCGAAGAAAGUGAUGAGGAAGGCAAAUUAAGGCUAGACGUGGAAGAAAUUGGGUUCGAAGAAUACAUCGAUCAAGGGGAUAAACCUUUCGUUUUUAAAACAAAGAACAUUUCUUCGUUAUUUGAGUCAUAUCGGUCAAAAGCGUUAGCUCGUGCACAAAAUUCGGACUUGCUAAUAACGAAAAAUUAUCACGAAAUAUUGAGUCUAUCGCAUAUUCUGUUAUUGCAGAUGGAUAACUAUUCAAAGAUGCAAGUGAAAACGUUUUCUAGGGGAACACUCGAAGAUUUGAGAAAGGACGUUAAAUCAAGAUUUAUUGGGAAAAAAAAAGUGAUGAGGGACAUAAAACUAAUACUACAAGAGUAUAUUGAGAUUGCUCUUGACGAUAAUGAUGGUGGACUAUGCGAACUUCGUAAAACAAUUAUAAACUCUUUAUCGAAAACAUUCGACUCAGCGAUAGAAGAAGAAUUUUUCCAACGAAUGCAGUUUUUAUUUCAACACCUGUCUUACACAAUUCCGUUACGUUCAUUGAAGGAAAAAACUAGCGAAGGAACUUUGGUGGCGAAUUUAAUAAGUCCUGUAUUGCGCAUUUUCUUUCACGAUGCUUAUAUAUAUCCAACAAUUUGGCCAAACACGUCUAGUACUAGUGCAAAAGUCCGAAAGCUUGCUGUUGGUGAUCCUUCUCGAGCUAAACAACCCGAUAUGAUUGGGAAUAUCGUCAAUAAUGGAAAUUUUGCUUAUGAGGUGAUGUUUGGAGAAGUGACGGGAGAGGGUAAGAAUAACACGGAAAAGGAAAACCUAAUCGAUCUAAUUAGGUUGGGAAUAUUUAUGAAGGAUUCACUGGAUAAUAUGUUGCUUAAGACCGGUGUUAAUCAGGUUUUUGCUUGGCAAGUCAUAGUCACAAAAUGGACAGGUUAUCUAAUGACUUUGAUUUGUCCCGGGAUUUAUGUGAUGAUCGAUACUGGUGGUAGUGUGGAACUUCCGAGAUCCUUUGAAUCAUGCAAUAUGUUUUUAAGCGGACUAGACACGCUAUUUGCAUUUCAGCUUGCAUAUAAAGAAACAGUCAAAGAGAUCCUUCUAAUAAUGAAUAGGAACGAAGAAUCCGAAAAUGAGGAAUCAUCCAAUGAUAAUUUUAAAACAUGGCGUCGUCAAACAUUUGGAACACCAGCGUUCAAAAGAAUCGUCAAAUUCAAAUGA